UCCAAUAAGUACGAGCUUAUCGAUGGGAUGAGCUAUGGCGUGAGGCAUUGCCAGCGGAGGAUUUUGUUGAUGUGCGGAUGGGAUAUGGCGAAGCCCGUAGUUCAUCAAUCAUUCUCCCACUCUCUUUCCCUGCACUUUGCAGAUCAAAUUAUUACCGGCACCACGGCGGCGAUCUAUCAUCCCGCUUCAAUCAACAACCUUGACGCUACGCACCGAUGCUGCGCAAUUGUGAGGUGAACUUGUGAAUCUUAACGCCUGUACAUACAGUGAACGAGAUCAUUGUGGCAUUGCGACGAGACGGUGUUAUAGUGCGGAGAGAAGACAGUACUGUCGUUGCGUUGAUGGAUGUGGUGGGACCUCCCUACAGUUGUAGACGUAGUGAGGGAUUUUGGCGACAACGAUGUACUCAUGGCUUUCGGAUUUUGUUGCUUUGGUUUUGAUAGUCUGGCUUCUUGUACAAGAGAACCCACGCAACUCAUAAUUGCGACCUUUGUCGCUAAUGCUCGUGACGCGAUAGGACCUGGCUAUGGCGUCUUCUUGAAUCUUUGAAAUCUGCAAACCAGGCAAGGUGUAUGAGGGAUGUGUUUUGCACGCAUGGCAGCUGAAGGUCUGCUCAGAAAGUUUGUCACGGAGUGUAGGUCCCUGCAGAAAUGGCUUGAAGUGUAAGUGCCAUUUCUGGCCAGGCUUUCGUUUGAAGGUACUCAAAGGGAGUAGGUGUAGGGGCGGUGUGUAAGAGUCUGAAAACAACAUUUACUUGACAGAGGAAGCAACUUCGUCUUGUAGAGAAUGUGUGGAUGUUAUGCGAGAUAGAACCCCGCAUCUCUCUCUUAUAUUUUUGUUUUUAUUUUUCGUUUCGUGAAUCAAAAGAAACGUAGUGGAAUUAUUGUCAGUUCCAUUCCCUAUCUGGAGUGUAAUUUUGAGAGAGUCGCUCUCGGAGUUCUGAGAUUCUUCAAUAUUAUGUAUUUUUUGGCGUGGAUGACAGUUCCGAUUGUGCUAUUUUAAGAGCAGUUUAGGAGAUGCUUCAUUUUACUGCAGAUCAGGAAGAAGUCAUGACUGCAGUCGGUUUAGCCUUGGAUCACAAGUCUAAACCUCGUCCGAUUCACUCCUAGAUCUUGUUUGUGGAGAGGAAGUUGAGAGCUGCGCAUUCAGUAUGCUUCAAUGAACAUGAAAUUUUCUAGUGAAAGCUGAGAAGGCUCUUGAAUAGGCGGAGAGGACUCUUCAAGUUUGCGGUCACAAUGGCGGCCUUGUUCAAUUGGAUGCCGUGGCUCGCGUUGGGUGACGUUGCCAGCUUCGGUCAGCUUGCUGGCAUAAAUGCAGUGCAGCUAAUUGCAAUGAUUGUGAAAGCCGCCAACAACGCACGUAUGCACAAGAAGAACUGCCGACAAUUCGCACAACACCUCAAAUUGAUUGCCAACUUGCUGGAGCAGCUCAACCUCACGGAUCUUAAAGAGCGUCCCGAGUGCCGGGAGCCGCUGGAGCACCUAGAGCAAGCGCUGCGCAAGGCGGUCGUGCUUGUGGAAAGCUGCCGUGACAAAAGCUACUUGUAUCUUGUGGCCAUGGGGUGGAUGUACGUCACCAAGUUUCGCGACUACCAGGACGAAAUCGACAAAUAUCUCAAGCUCAUUCCUCUCAUCUCCCUCGUUGAAAAUAGUCGGGAACGUAUCCGGGCAAUUGUUAAAGAUAAACGGUCGUACACGAUGGAACGUUCAGAUGUUAAGGUGCAAGAGACACUUUUGAAGCCCGAGCACACUCGGAGAGAUUCCAUGCGAUUAUCACGACAACUGUCACGCCGCUACCCUGGUAUGCCCUUAGACAUCGCUUUGCGGGAAGAAAAUGCUAAGUUGCAGAAGGAGCUGGAACACAUGAGGGCAUGCAUGGAGCUAGAAAAAUGCGGCGUGAUUGAGCACUUGAUAGACUUCACAGAAGCUGCUGCAGCUGACCCGGUAAUCCUUGCAGAGGCCAUGGCCGAAAUACCUGAAGAGGAUAACGAGGAGGAAGAGAGACAUCGGAAACCUCACACCAGGACCGAAGUGGUGGAGUCAUCUAAGCGCCAUAUGAAACAUCUAAAACCGUCGUUGCAAGGCUUCCCUUCUGAUUACCAGCAGAUGAUUGUGUGCGAUGAAGUGGCUAGGAAAGAUUUGCCCUGCAACAGCGUUUAUAGCAACUAUUAUGUCAAAGACUGGCGCUAUGACCUUUUCGACUGCUGCGUUGACCCCUGCUUGUGUAUCGAAACUUUCUGCUAUCCUUGCGGGACGUUUACUCUUGUUGCAAGUUCAGUUACAGAUGGCGGCACUUCUGAAGACUCUGCAUGCAGUCAACUGGCGUUUCACUCACUCUACGGUGGGUGCUGUUGUUACACUUCUUGCAUACGAAGAAAGGUCCGUCGCCGAUUCGAUAUCCCAGGUGAUUGUUUUAGCGAUUAUUGGGCGCAUGUCUGCUGCUGCUGUUGUGCUGUUUUACAAGAGCUCCAUGAGCUUCGUUUCCGGGAGAAGCAAGAAAGGACCAUGAAAGAACCACCCUCAGAACAGGAGAUGGAGGGUUAUAGAUAACUUUCGUGCUGCUCGUUAGAACUGCUGCCCAUUAGGGAAUAUUCUUCAAGCUACGACUUCUCAUUGCACCAAGAACAAUGUCAAUUGUAAAAUCGAGAGGUGAAGCCAUCCCACAACAAUAUUCAUGUUUCUUCGACUAGGGUCCCAUUAUCGUCCAGGGAGAACCUAAGAUCCAAUCUUGCGGUGCUCAACAGUUUCUCUAAAAUUUGCUUCUUACCAUUGAUAUGAAAGGAAACAAGUACGAAUUUGCUUUCAUGACUAGUUGGCAGAGGAGCAACUAUUUGGGGUAAACUAUGAAAACCGUUCACCACAGUCCGGUUGGUUGCUCCGUUCAUCUCAAAUUCACCACAUGACUAUCGCAAAUUCAAUGAUGGAAGGAAUGAGAUGGAGUUCGCAAGAUCGCGGAGUUUUCAUCAUUCCUUUGUGCUGGCGAUAAAUCUGAGACUAUACGAACUAAUGUGUAUUCUGUAUCGACUCCGAUAACCCAGAGAUAGAACCUGCUUGCUAAACCAGACAUGACCACUAAUUCCAUUAGAAAAGACACUCUUGCCUCUUGGAUGCUCUCAACUGUGAUUAACGCUGGUGACUCGCUUUGUUAAGUUGCUCUCUCCAUGAGCACUCCGCGAUCUUGCGGAGUUUAGCCUUCGAUGCCAGAUUACAGCUUACCAUGAUAUACGACCAUAGUUAGAGCUAGUUUGUGGUCACCUUGUCUCUGUAUUUCGAAUUCUACUGCGGAUCUCUGCAUACCUUUUUCAGUUCACUGGUGCAUUGAGAGUGUGGAAGGAUGGGGGAAAAAUCUUCGUUGGAAUAUAUUACGACGAGAAACAUGUGGGGGAGGAUUUCAAGUCUGAAGGCACUUGAACGCUAUCUGAUACCUGUCAGAAGUCCAGCCAUGUUAACCUGUGUCAAGAGCUACUCAGUGAUGUUCAUGUUGUUUAUGACUCUGUUUCAACAACCACCAAAAGUUUCAACCUGUAAGAUAGUACAUGCCAACUUUGUAAGAAGGUGAUCAAAACGAUGAACCAUACUUUGUUUUAGGUUUGAUUGUAAUUUUUUAUUCAUUUUACUAUAGUUAACGUGGAUUGUGGAUCAAUUGCUGGUCGUUAGAACCUUAUUAAAUAUUAUGACCCUACUUUUAUUCAAAAUAGCACAUUCUUGGCUCAAAGCUCAUUGUAGAAGCUGUAGCUUUAAAAUUUGAUAGAUUGUACAUAUAUCAUAAGAAAUCAGAAACAUUGUUGUUGCAAUCAAAAUAUUUCAUUCAAGUUUUCUAAUAAAUAUUGCCUUUUAUUUUUUUUUA